UUGAAUGCAAUCAAUGAAAAUUUCACAAUUUGCACAAUUUGAAAUUUUUAAACAUAUUUUCCAUGCACUGCGUCAUCUGUGAAGUUGCACUGUGUCCAGUUUUGUUUGACGUUGCUGGAAAAGACCAAGAGGUAAAUAAGUAUAUCAAACUUAAACUUGUUAUAAAAUUAUCCCAGGUUUGCGGAUUAACAUUGGAUUUGUUUGUAAUACAGCACGUUCACUUUAAUGUUCCAUAAAAGUUUAUUAUUUCUCUGCAGUCAUCGUUAGUACUAUACGACUAUCUCCCAGUGCGCGAUUGAAAGACAUACUAGAUUCAUCUAUACUCUGCUUACGAAUUAGUAUAGUCUCAGAACUGCCUGGUUAUUAAUUUUCCGCGAAAACCCAUACCUCUGGGCGAUUUGUCAUCAGAAACAAAUCGGUGUAAAGAAACGUUACGGAAUCGGUAUAUUCUUCGUUUUUAUGCUGUAAUUUUGCAAUUUUUACUUUGAUUAAUGUGUUUAUAUUAUUUACACGUAGCUUUUCAUACCAAAUAAUGUAACGAUUAAUUAAUUUGAUUAGACGUCUUUUUUAAUGUCCAUUUUGGGAGAGAUUCCUGUUACUUCUGGUGAAGUGAUAGUAAAAGGGAAGAUUGCUUAUGCUUCUCAAGAGGCUUGGGUAUUCAAUGAAACUAUCAGAGAAAAUAUCUUGUUUGGAGAAAAAUAUCAAGAAGAGAAAUACAGAAAAGUUCUGCAUAUAACUGCUCUAGAAAAGGAUAUAAGUUUGUUUCCUAAAGGGGAUCUAACUAUUGUGGGGGAGAGAGGAGUGAUAAUGAGCGGUGGGCAGAAGGCAAGAAUUAAUCUAGCAAGAGCAUUAUAUAUGGAUGCCGAUAUAUUUCUCCUUGAUGAUCCACUAAGUGCUGUUGAUGUUCCAGUGGCAAAACAUAUCUUCGAAAAAUGUAUAAUGGAAUAUUUAGAUGAAAAGAUUUGCAUUUUAGUUACACACCAAGUACAAUUUAUAAACUCUGCAAGUAAAAUUUUAGUAAUAAAUAAGGUGGGUAAUGUAAAUAAAUAUAUUUUCUUCUUGGUAACACUAAAUUUCGCAGAAUGCCCUAUAUUCCAGAGUGAAAUGCAUGAUAAAAAUAUGAAAAACUCCUUCAAGCCAAGUCCGUUGGUAAAAAGCAAACUACAGUAGAGCAUCGAUUAUCCGACUCAAUUGGGGACUGGGGUUGGUCGGAUAAUUGAAAAGUCAGAUAACCGAAAAGUAUGAAAAAAUCCAUUAUUAGUGUAAU